AUGUAUCUCAAAGAAGUAUUCGUCCCGGUCACACACUACGACAUAAUAGACCGUCUCAAUGGGCAAUAUGACAGACUACUGGCAUCUGGGGAUUACUAUCCAUUUACCUACCCUUUCGGAACUCUGGGUGCUACAGUAGUCAUUCUCUAUCUUCUUCUGGAUCAUCGAUCACGCCCAUGGCUUCGCAGGGCUCGUUUUGCAACAUGGGGCUUCAUCACCAUCUUUGCCAUCUGGAACAUUAAGAGCUUCCGGGCACGCAACCCAGCCGCCGCAUUUGGUGUUGGUCUGAUUUCUGCCUGGUCAAUACUAUGGUGCAGUGUAAUGCUGGUCUUCAGAGAUGCGCAGCCAGACUUUUCGAGAAUUGAGAGAAAAGAAUCGCAACUAGACCUGAUCUCCGCAUCUGCACCUCCACAGACUGCAGAGUCGAACGGCCACGCGACUGGAAGUGCUUUUCAGAACGGCUCAACUUUGCACAGUCGUACAAGCAAAUUAGGCACGACACAAACGCCAUCCCAAAGAACUGGUACACUUGCCUGGCAGGGUUAUCCAUCGGCGCCGUUCGUGGAGCGUCUCGACUGGGUUGCAGACAUCUUCUCCAACUUCAGAGGUAUGGGAUGGAACUGGCGAAUCUCGGGGUUGCCCUCGCCACCACUUUGGGUACAAGCACAGCUUUCUGGAAACUCUGGCGCACCGCCACCGGAAGAAGAUGAAAAGAAAACCCUGAUCAGUCGUACUGGUGUCCGCCGCUAUCACGACAAGUCCUCUCUCCUGAAAGCCAACUUCUGGAUCGUCUGUCGCGACAUUGUGAUUCUUGAUACACUGAAAACUUUGAUUUCACACGACGCUUACUUCUGGGAUGGAAACGUUGCAGCGACACCGAACUACCUACCAGCAUCUCUUCAGGCUUCUCCUGUUACGGUGCGGAGCGCUCGGUUGUUGCUCAGCUUGACCGCAGUCUAUACAGCAUUGCAGGCUAUCUUCGCUCUGGGUCCUCUUUUCUUUGUCGGCAUGAUCGGCCCUCGUUACAUCGGCGUGCGAGGCGAGCCCUGGAUGUAUCCCGAUAGCUUCGGUUCAUUCAGCAACGUGCUCGAUAAAGGUCUCGCCGGCUGGUGGGGCGGUUGGUGGCAUCAAUCCUUUCGUUACGCCUUUGAAGCCCCUUCGUCAAAACUGAUGGAGUUAUUCAAGCUCAAUCCCAAGUCAGCCACUGGAAAGUUCUUGACGCUGACCAUCGCAUUCGUACUAUCGGGUAUGCUGCAUGCUUGUGGUAGCUACACGCAGCUAGGACAUACGUAUCCGCUCUCCGGUCCUUUCUUGUUCUUCGUCUCACAGAUUGGAGGUAUAAGUGCACAGCUAGCACUGACCUCAUUCUUGCGUUGGCUUGGUGUGGUGCAGCGAUCGCCUAGGUGGUUGCAACGUACAGCCAACUUCGUCUUUGUCCAUGUAUGGUUCUACUAUACCGCGCCGCUGUUAUGCGACGACUUUGCUCGUGGCGGUAUCUGGCUGUUCGAACCGCUUCCUGUGAGUCUGCUCCGAGGACUAGGCCUUGGUGGGAAAGGCGAUGGGUUCUGGUGCUGGUGGGGAGGUGUCGUAUGGUGGCACAAAGGAGACCGCUGGUGGAACACGGGUCUCGCAUUGUGA